AGAAGGCGAGGGGAAGGAGAUGCCCGGCGACGGUGAGGAAGGAGAGUCUCCAGGCUCCAGCCCCAGACACUGCAGGGACAGCGGAAGUGUGACGUCUCGCGAGGGGCUGUCUCCCAAGAUGUCCCCCCGCCACUCGCCGCGGGAGUCCCUCAACUCCUCGCCAGCUCCCUUCAUGUCCCCCCGCGCCACGCCCCCGACGAUGCGCCCGAUCGUGUCCUCGCCCUCCUUCAUGCGAGGAUCCGACAACGAGGCCGACAUUCUCGACUUCUCCCUCCGGCGCUCGCCCGCCCCCUCCAGGGAGGACCUCCUCAACCUUUCCGUGGGCUCCUCCAUGGCUGGCUCGCCGCCCCCCGGCUUCCACCGCCUGGGGGACUCGCCUCUGGAUUUGUCGGUGCCCCGAAAGCGUGCAGCAGAUGCCCUUCUUGAGGCUGCCCAGGGAAAGAUCCAUCACGACCUGGCUAAGAAUCUUGGGGCCUGGGGCAUCCCCCUCCCCCCACACCUGGCCUCAGCCAUGGCCCUCAGACCUGAUCUAGCAUCACUCAAGCCUGAGCUGGCUCUAUGGAAUGGCAAGCUUAAAGGUGACAGUACUUCCACAAAGCUUCCACCAUUCCCCAUGGGCGCUCUGCCUCCCACGCCCUCUGAGGCGUCUAGAGCUUUGGAGCGGAUGAGUGAGCUGAGCAAGCUCGGCGGCGACAGCGGACUGGACCUUUUCAGAGGCAACCUGAGUGGGAGCUCCGGCCGUGCCACCGCCUGGCAGAGUCACUGGCUCAGCAAGGGCCAAGAUGCCACAAAAGACGUGCUCAAGUGUGUUUGGUGCAAGGCUUCCUUCAACACAUUAGCAGAGCUCACGACUCACAUGAAAGAGGCUAAACACUGCGGGGUGAACCUCCCUCCGCCCAUCCCGCCUCCCUCUUCCAGCGCCUCGUCGAUUAACACCCACCUCCCGCCCCAGUACACGCCCACCAAGAUGCCCUCGUCGAAGCCCCCUUCCUCCUCUUCCUCGGCUGCUUCCGGCUCCUCGUCCUCGAGCGACCUGAUGUCGAGCAUCAAGGAGACGAUGCCGCUGCCGCGCAAGCUGGUGCGCGGCCAGGACGUGUGGCUUGGCAAGGGCGCCGAGCAGACCCGCCAGAUCCUCAAGUGCAUGUGGUGCGGCCAGAGCUUCAAGUCUCUCGCGGAAAUGACACAGCACAUGCAGCAAACACAGCACUACACUAACAUAAUCUCUCAGGAGCAGAUCAUCUCAUGGAAAUCCCCCGAGGAAAAAUCUAGUAGUCAGAGCCACGUCAACGCUGUGCUUACCUGCAAAGUAUGCGACCAGGCAUUCUCAUCGCUCAAGGAACUCAGCAAUCACAUGGUGAAAAAUGCCCACUACAAGGAGCAUAUAAUGCGUUCCAUCACAGAGUCCGGGGCCCGGCGAAGGCAGAGCACACGCGAAAAGCGCAAGAAAUCUCUGCCUGUGCGCAAGCUGCUGGAACUCGAGCGCGCACAGCAGGAGCUGCGCACGCAGUCGGACAGCGGAAGGUUUGGGAAGGACCAACCUGGAUCCGGACGCAUCACAUGCGAAAAGUGUGGUGACAAAAUUGACACAUCUCUGUUCGUGGACCACAUCCGUAACUGCGUCGGAGCCUCCAGCCGGGACUUGCUGAAGUCCGCGCUCCUCUCCCCCGACAGCGACUACAGCAACAAACUCGACUCCGCUCCGGAGACUGAUAGCGAAGGCAAGAAGACGCCGGAGAAAACCCCUCGCGACAGCCCCAGGGAAAAGGACUUCGACAAGCCCAAGGGACGCGGGGACUCCGAGUCGCCUUCGGUAUUAAAUGCGCUCGAAAAAUUGAUCGAAAAAAGUUUUGAUUCUGGCAAGGCAAAACCUGGAGCUGGACCUCUGGGAUCAAGCAUUCUCCGCCGGCUUGGCAUCGACGAAAGCGUCGACUACUCCAAGCCGCUGAUGGACCCUCAGCUGGUCGGCAUGUACGCCACGUUCUCCCGCCUGCACGGUGGCCCGCCGCUCGGAGCUGGUGCUCCCUCUACCUUUAAUCUACCACCUUCCUUCGGCUCGGGCGACAGAGGCACGGGUGUGCGAGGCAUCGGCGACUCCAUGAUGAGCCCAAGCGCAGACUCUGAUACUCGUGACACAUUCCCGCGGUCACCCUCACGGCCUGGGUCACGACCAGGCUCGCGCCCUGCCUCCGCAGGAUCCAUAACCCGGGACGGCAGUGCAAGCGAGCGCUCUUUGGAAAUGCUGCGGCUCGAUAGCAACCAGGCCGCCACGCCCGAGGAGCUCGCCCCCACGGAGAACGGCGCCGACCACUCCGACAAUGAGCAGGAGAGCCUCUGCGGCCGGGAGGAGGUCAAGCAGGAGCCUAUCGAGACCAACGGCGAAAUCAGCGACCGCGAGUCCGUCACGGCCAGGGAGGAGGUGAGAGUGAAGGAGGAAAUACGGGUGAAAGAGGAAUUCAAGUUAAAGGAGGAAGGUGAUGACGAGGAGGAUAACGAAUCUCCUGAGGCGGGUCGUGAGUCUCCUUCAGGUAGACUCAUGGGGUCGCCAGCAGGCUGUAGCAGCAGGUCUGGCACUCCCCACUCAGAGACCAGCGUGGGGAGGUCCGGGUCUGGCCUCGGAGCCUCGGGGCUUGGAGGCCUCUCCGCCCUGCUCGGAGGCGGCGGCGAAGGCUCGUCUUCGCACCCUUUGGCGGCCCUGCAGAAGCUGUGCGACAAGACCGAGACGCAGCCGCGGCCGCCCCCGGUGAGCGGGGCGUCGACAGGGCCCCAGACGAACCCUGGCGCCAUCCUGGCCUUUUCCUGGGCAUGCAAUGACGCCGUCACAGCUGACAGCAUCAUGAAAUGUGCUUUCUGUGACACGCCCUUCAUCAGCAAGGGCGCCUACCGACACCACCUGUCGAAGAUGCAUUUCGUGAAGGACGGCGCCAUGCCCGAAAACGCCGGCGGCAAGACGAGCAACACGAAGCCGCCCUCGAGCGGGAGCAAGGCGGCCACGCCCCCCGCGCCCCCCGUGGAUGACUCGCCUCACUCCAAGUUCCUCAAGUACACGGAGCUGGCCAAGCAGCUCUCCAGCAAGUAGUGUCGGCCGCCGCCCUGGGGUGGCCGCCCCUCCCCCCACUCCCCCACCCGCGCCCGCCAAAGAC